AUGCUCACUGCUCACGAUGCUACAAGUGCCUUGGCCGCUGAUACUGCAGGGAUUGAGUUGAUCCUAGUUGGCGAUAGUCUCUCGAUGGUCUCCCUCGGCUUGGAAAGUACCAUUGGAGUGACACUGGACACUAUGAUCCUACACUGUCGCAGCGUCUCUCGCGCGGCCAGAUCAUCCUUCAUUAUCGGUGAUCUCCCCUUUGGGUCCUACGAAGCCUCUCCAUCCCAGGCAGCCGUUUCAGCCAUUCGGAUGAUGAAGGAGGGCCGAUCCCACGGAAUUAAGCUAGAGGGAGGAGAGGAAAUGGCCUCCGCGAUUGCCCGCGUGAGCCAGGCCGGUAUUCCAGUGUUCGCACAUAUUGGACUCACUCCGCAGCGUCAACAUGCCAUUGGAGGAUUUCGGGCACAGGGCCGGUCCUCCUCCAGUGCUCUCAAGAUUCUCCAAGAUGCUCUGGCGGUAGAGAAAGCCGGGGCCGUGGCAGUUGUUCUGGAGGCGGUCCCCGCCGAAAUCGCGUCCAUCAUCACUCAGAAGCUGCGGAUCCCUACAAUUGGGAUCGGUUCUGGUAAUGGGUGCUCGGGGCAGGUACUUGUUCAGAGUGACAUGAUCGGAAACUCACCACCAGACAGACAUAUUCCGAGGUUUGUCAAGCAGUACGGCAAUGUCUGGGAAGAAACGCGAGAUGCUAUUAGACGCUUCCGAGCGGAAGUCAAGAGCCGGGAAUUUCCAGAUUUCAAACAUACCUAUCUCAUCAAAUCGGACGAGCUAAAUGACUUCAAGCAAAUAGCCCAGGAAGAGGAUAAUGAAGCACGAGAGACUGAAGAGUAG